AGCGAGACACACACAGAGCGACACAUAAAGGCACAUACAUAGAGACACAGUGAGACACGAUGACACACACAGUGACACACACACAGACACAUGUAGGGACAAACAGAUAAACACACACAUAAGCGAGGAGUCACAGUGGAACACCUGGAUACAGAGAGACACACGGACACACAUAGAUAUACUACAUAGAGACAGAUGCACCGAGAAGAGACGCAUCGAGACACACAGACACACAUAGAGAUAGAGACACACAGAUGCACACAGACACGCACAAAGACGCACAAAGAGUUAGAGACACGCACAGGGACACAGGCACGCGGGUGAGACAUGCAGGGAGGAAUACAUAGUUGUGUAUAUACAUACAGUGAUGGACAGAGACAUACAGAGGUACAGCAUAUCGAGACAGAGAGAGAGAGAGGGAGAGAGACAAAGGCGGGUUGGGCAAUCCUCGCUGAUCCAGCUUAAGAGUCCGGGCCAAGAGACGGAUUGGGAUUUCGGAGCGGUCAAGGUCAGGAAUCUCCAUCGCGCUGAACAAAUCUCCGGGAAAGUCGAGGGGCGGGGCUGAGCCCCCCCCCCCAAAUUAGCCACUUUGAGCAUCAAUCACUGAAGAGGGAGAGGGGGGGGCAGUGGCCCGGGGGAGAGAGCUGGGGGGGGGGGGCGAGGAGACGCGAGCGCUCGGCAUUAACGCGCCCAGCGAACAGCGAAUCAGAGGCUCCUCCAGAUGGCAUCCCAACAACAAUAACAACAACAAACAAACAACAACAACAACAACACACGGACAAGAAGCCAAGGCGCGGGUGGUUGCCCGUGGCGCCGUGGUCGACGAUGCGAGGGCCUGGCGAGAAUCCGCGCCGCGCGCUCGGCGCGGUGCUGAAACGGACAGCGAGGCGAGCGGCUUCCAGCCGCAACAACAACAACAACAACCACAACAACAACCACAACAAUCACCGCGGUGGUGCUGCUCCUGCUGCUGGUGUUAGUGGCAUUGUCAGCGGCUGCGCUGCAGUGGUGGUGGAGGUGUUGGCGUGGUCGGAGUCAUGUCGUUAGCAACCCAGCUGCUGCAGUCGCUCUGAGUCGCGCACGCUAUGAACUCCUCCGCACCAGCGGGGGCUCCUGGUAGCGGUGCUAGUGAGGUUGGUGGUGGCGGUGGUGGUGAGGUUGGUGGUGGCGGUGAGGGUGACAUCGUGGCCGCUGGUGUGGCCUCCCUGUACCCUCCCGGCCACGGCUCCCUCUCCGGCGGCACCACCACCACCACGCCGCUGCCCCAGGCCGUGCUCUACCUGCUCAUGGCUGCGCUGGUGGUGGUCGGGGUGGCCUACCUGAUCGUGGGCCACCUCCUACGGGACAUCGCUCACGAUCUCGUGGCCUGGCUGUUCGGACCCAGCCGCAGGAAGCACGCCAGGGACUCCGAGUCAAACCGGCCACGGUUCUGUUCGGCGUCAGCGCCGCACAGAGCGAGCCGGAUGGACUCGGCGUGUCUGGUGUCUGUCCUCCUGGAGGAGCGGCUCGCCGAGCCAGACCCCGAGCCAGAUCCCGAGCCGGACCCCGAGCCGGACCCCGAGCCGGACCCAGAGUCUCCGCAGGCGCUCGCCAACGGCCACAGGGGAGGUCGCGGACGGUCGAGGUCGAGGUCAGGGCUGGAAUCUGGAGCAGGGAGCCCGGACGGCGCGGGCCCUCACGGGUCGCGGCAUCUACCCACGUGACCAGUCCCGGCGUCAACGCGUGACACCAGUGAGAUAUAGACUCGGACUCGCAGCACAACAACAACAGCAACACAACAACAACAGCAGCAGCAACAG